AUGGUCUCACCCAUGGAACCCUUUCCCUUCCUCCGUCUUCCUGGCGAAAUCCGCAACCAAAUUUACGAGUUGCUACUUUGCAAUGUACAAGAGCCUGAACCACUUGACGGCUUAGACAUACCAUCAGCUGUAACCAUCGCCAAACGUAAUAUACAUCCUCAGUUAUUGCGAACCUGCCGUCAGGUCCACGAAGAAGCAAAGUACGUCAUGUUGACGAAAAAUCGCUUUGUUGAAGUCCAAUUUGGCGGGCAAGGACGAAAUCUGAACUACAGCUUUUUGGAUCUAAUCUCUCUCUGGAGAGUGCCAAUUCUCCGUCUCAAGCGGUGCACAACACUUGGAGACCGAGUUUUCAACGGUUGCUUUAUGCGCCAUCAGAUAUCUUCUACUGGGGAUAAUAGUGCAUGGAAUACAUCUAAAGCUGAUUCAAUACUCCUGUUGCACCGCAACCUCAAUAAGUUGCUUCCUGCUAUAAUGCAGAGCCAGUGCCUUGUCUCACUAUAUCUAAACGGGACUUCAAUUCACAAUGUCACACUUCUAGACCGUUUUGUUCCCGUCUCCACAAUCAUCAAAGAGUUUGAACUUACCGGAAGAAAUGCUAGCGGUUGUCAAUUUUCCGUUGAGGUUCUACAGAACAAUCCACAAACCCUCUUGUCUCCAUAUUCGCCUAGUUUUCAACAGGAAUCUUCUUUUACGGUCUAUGACCGUACUGUGGAUAGCACAGGUCACCGUCUAAUCCAUUCGAAGAAAGCUGUUCCAAAUGUAACCGCCGAAAGUGUAAUGAAAGACCUCAGUCAACUCACGGAAAUUGGAAAUAACUACCGUUCCCAGGGCAUUUGGGGAUACGCCGCAGCUUUUUACCAAUAUGUUGACUACAAAAUUUCAGUACUGAUGAGCCACCACAACCCAACUAUCGUCAGGCUUCUCGUCGAGGAAGGAGGAAUGAUUGAGGAUCAAAUAGCCGAGUUGCAUUCCACUAUAUGUUAUUAUCGUGCAAAGAACGCUGUCGGCGCGAUGCGACAAUUUGAACACAGUCACCGCGAGGAACUUGAAGAUCUAUUCGACACCGUUACGAAUAUGGGAGCUAUAUCUGAAGCUCCCAUAUUCCCAGGAUUUACACAGAGUCCAAUGCGAAAUGCAGACCAUAUCUAUCUACAGGCUGUUGCGUGGAAGCUCAUGGGUGACCAGUCCAGGUUGAAUAUGGAUAUGGCAUUGGAGACGGUAAAUUCAGGCCUCGCCAUAAUUCCUUAUCACCCGGAGUUAAACCUGGAGAAAAAGUUUCUUAUUCGGAAGAUAUUGAUAACUCGCCUUGACUUCUCCAGGUCACGCGCGGGCUUCCGAAAAUGCUUGAAUGGGACCUUUAAUUAA